AUGUCUCGCAAACACUACGUGCCUGACCAGCUUCGAAUUGAGCUUGCUCACGCACUGGGCUUCCCCGAAUACCUUGUUACCGCAGCCUCCGAUCCAGAGCCGUACUUAAAUUACAUCGCGAACCGCAACCUUGGCAGAGGGACAUUGGAAGGCUUCUUGGAGCUAGUCAUCCAGGUCGUCGAGUACUUGAACCAGGGAAAUGACGACUCAAUCUCCGCGCCCAGCAUACAGGGACUACUGGAUGACUUAGCCACUUCCCCGAGCCAGUACUUCUCAGACACACAGGCUAGGACACGAUCGAGACGGGAUGAUGUGGAAGACACUGUUAUGUACAUUAUCGGCAUUUGGACCAUGCUUCUGAGCUCUUUCGUUCACUUGCCUGUAGCAGGCGGUGCUCGUAAGAUCACAUUGGCAUACACCAUUCGUGCGCAAGAGAAGGGCAGCACGUUAGGCAACAGCCCUUAUGAAGGGGGUGUCUCCAGCUUAGUUACUGGAAGUGCAACCCGCCUGAAUGCAUACACUCUCCGUGUCUUCGGAGCAGUCGACAUAGUUUGGACCCACAAUCUGUCUCGCCACAUGCUACUGUGCAAGCGCAAUGGACAAUAUGUGCUUGAAGUAUUUGCGCUACCAUGUGCGCUCAGUGCUACAACUUUGACCUCGAGUGCUGUUGGCAUCAGCGCCGAAUACGCGCAGGAGAUUACUGAGUCAUACAGCAUGCUAUUCAAUGCUUGGCCAGAUACCCCUCGUCACGCGACAAUAAGCAGCGCAUUUGUUGCUCGCCGCUUCUGCUGGUGCUGGUCGUGUUCCGCGCAUCGGUAUCGCCAUCAGCUCAUAUCAACGUAUCAGAAGCUCAGCGACAAGCGAACACCGGGAGCGAAGAGAAGCAAAAACGCCCAUGCGAGCGAAUUCGAUCCGCUCCUGGUCGAGCUGAUGAAAAACGAGCCGUCGGACUGGACGCCAGACCUCUUCCCGUCACUCUGGCCGCGCAUUAUGAUACUCGAAGAACACCUUCAGUCUGCGAAACCUUGGAACAUUUGGAUCUUGUUUCGUGAUCGUAGGGACACUUUGCAGUUUUGGACGUUUUUUUUCGCCACGGUAGUCGUGAUGUUGACUUUUGUCCAAGUCAUUCUUGGUGUUGCGCAAGUCGUAGGUUCAUUUGCAUGA